AUUUUUUAUUUUUUAUACCACUUAUAAUAGUUGAAUCAAAAUAUUCAUGUCUAUGACAAUACCUUUAUUAUGCGGGUCGGAUGCCUAGGAUUAGGAAAACAAUCGGGCCGCAGCCCGGGUACCUACAAUAAAAUUAGGUCACAGUCUGCUUUAGAAAUAUACGGAGAAGGGUAGACCGAAUCCUGUUCAAAGAUAUCUUCUUUUGACUUUGAUUGAGGGAGUAGAGAGUGGAUUUGCAGUUUUUUGGUAGUUUGGGUGAUUGGGGAAGAUGUCAGCAUAUGAGAAUGUCGUUGGUGGAAAGCUGAAGCUGAAGGGGAAAGCCUUGAAUGUGAAGGCUGGUGGGAUGAAGAAGAAAAAGAAACAUAAGCAGCACCAAGAUGAAGUUUCUCAAGUCGUCAACAAAGAGCUUUUAGAAGGUCAAAACACAGAAGAAUUAGCUGCACCUAGUGAGGAUGGUGUAAAUGAAAGUGACAAAUUGGGUGAAGAAGGGAAGACUGCUUCUUAUGAUGAUUAUAUGACACCUGCGGAGAGACGAUACAUGGAGCAAAGAGAGAAGAUUGAUAUUCAUAGGAUGGCGAAGGAAGCUAAUAAAUCUCACCGUGACAGGAUUCAAGAUUUCAACCAGUACUUGGCCAAUAUGAGUGAGCAUUAUGACAUUCCUAAAGUUGGUCCUGGCUGAAAGAUCCUCUGCCUCUGCUCCAUACAAGAAGGCUGCCCUUUCCUAAAUAAGUUCCUGUAACAGCUUAGGGAGAACUUUUUCUAAUUUCCUUUUUAUUUGUAAUUAUAAUUUCAAUUUAUGAUGUGCGAAAAUUUCUUGAUGGGAGUUGAAAUAACUUGAAUUUCUAAA